AUUCGAUUUAUAUUCCUGCAGUAAAGGAACAGUUGGCCAGGUCACACGUGGGGUCAGGCGUGUUAGUGCUGCUGCUCCUUAAUUAAACACAAAAGGUCAACAUAAAGGAAUCAACAGCGGUAUUUAAUAAGGUACCAGUGUCAGACAGCCUCGUGCAACUAGAAAGUGACAAAGAUGACGGACAAGGAAUUAGAGACUCAACCAAUGUCAAAAAAGAAGCAGAAAGACAAGAAGUACAGAAAGGGUUCAAAUAUCAAGAGUGACAUGGAUCAGAUUCUCUCCGACCCAAGAUUUGCCCAUAUAUCUUCUGACCGGAAGCUUAGACAUGUACCCAAGGAGGAGCGCAAAAUCAAACUUGACAGCCGUUUCCAUUCCGUACUGACAGAUGAGAAAUUCUAUGAAAAAUCCACCAUGGAUCCACGUGGCAGGAAGGGUAACUAUUCCACUAAAGAAGACCUACUCAAAUUUUACCACAUGUCCUCCGAUGAAGACUCAAGUGACGAGGCUGAUGAAGAUGAAGAAAAAGAUUCAAAUGAUGAUGAUGAUGAUGACAAAGUAGAUGAAAAUGUACAAGAGGAUGAUAAUGAUGAUGAUGUAGAUGAUGAAGUAGGCGAAGAAGAGGACAGUGAUGACAAGGUGGUGGUAGAUGAAGAUGAACAGAAUGAAGAAAAUGGGGAAGACAUACCCACUCCAGCAGAAGAAAGAAAGGGGGUGACAUCAGACCAAAAUCAGAUAGAAGAGGACAACUUGCUUAAUGAGGAAAACAGGAAAGAGAGAGAAGCAAAAGAAAGGAGUGAAAUACCACGUGAAGUGCGGAGACGACUGCAGGACCUGAACCUAGACUAUGCGAGAGGCGAGGUGCUGUUCUCAGACGACUCCUCGGACGACGACUCCACCACAACUGAUGAAGACGACUACACCGAAGAGUUUGAGUGGGGAGAGUUAGACCAAGAUGCCGUGUGGGAUAAUGAUGAUCGUGACGUGGAAGAAACAUCUCGUAUUGCCGUUUGUAACCUUGACUGGGACCGCAUUAAAGCAGCAGAUAUUAUGGUGUUGUUUUCUUCCUUCUGUCCAAGGGGGGGAUCCAUCAAGAGAGUUACUAUAUACCCCUCUGAGUACGGCAAGCAACGUAUGGUGGAGGAGAAUCUGACUGGACCACAGGAGCUGAAGUCUGUACCUAGUAGCGGGACGAAGGAUACUGACCUCAACCUGGUAGAUCUUGAUAAACUUGAAAAAGGUAGACUAGAUGAAAAUGCUGGAGCAACCAAGACGCACUAUGAGGCUCUGAGACGAUAUCAACGUAAUCGUCUUCGUUAUUUCUAUGCGGUGGUUGAGUGCAACUCUAUUGACACUGCCAAAGUUCUCUAUCAAGAGUGUGAUCGAAAGCCAUAUGAGGGAGCUGGAAUUCUUCUUGAUCUGAGAUAUAUUCCUUCAGAUAUGACUUUUGAUGAGAUGCCACAUGAUGUCUGUGAAAUGGUUCCCAAGACAUACGAAGUCAAGAAUUUUACAACAACAGCUCUACAUGACUCCCGACCCAUCUUGACCUGGGAUGAGACUGACCCUGAACGACAGAAAAUUCUCUCAAAUGCCAUGAGUAAAGCAAUGAAAGGAGGAGAUUUAGAUGAUGGUUGUUUGAAGGGCUUCUUGGCAUCAAGCAGUGAAGAGGAAAAUGAGGAUAGUCUAGACGAGGAGGAAGAUGAUGACAGCGAUGAUGAAGCCACCAAAGCUUCCCGAAUAGCCAAGUUCAGAGCAUUAAUAAGUGAGAUAGAUGAGAAGGACAAAAGAAAGAAAGAGAAAGAUAUUGAUAUGGAAGAAACUUUCCAAUUGAAAGAAGACACUGAUGAGGAGGAAGAACCAGUGGUAAAAGAAUCAAAAACAAAGGAACAACUCAAUCCUUUUGAAAAAUACCUGGAGAAGAGAAAAACUAAGAGAAAAGAAAGAAAAAAGAAGAAAAAGGAAGAAAAUGAGAAUGUCAAUUCUAGUAGUGAAGAAGAAAGUGAAUCAAAAGGUGUUAUAUCAGAUGAUGAACUUCCAGAAGGUGUUGGUGAUUUGUACAAUGACCCUUUCUUUGCUGACGAGCUGAAGAAAAUGGAUGCAAGUAGUAGUAGUAGUUCCAAGAAAAAGAAAACUAAGAAAGAUUCAGAUGAAACUCAAGGGAAGGAAGGCAACGAGCAGGGAGAUCUAGAGCUUCUGCUUAUGGAUGAAGAUGCCGAAAACAAGAAGCACUUCAGUAUGAGAGAAAUUAUAGAGACAAAUAAAGAGAAGAAGAAGAAGAGAAGACAAAACAAGGCACAGAAGAAACAGCAAUUAAAGCCACAGGAACAACAAGCUGCUAUAGAUGAUUUUAAGGUUAAUAUCGCUGAUCCAAGAUUUGUCCCACUGCUUACUUCAGGAGAGUAUAACAUUGACCCUUCACAUCCACAAUUCAAGCGCACCAAAGCUAUGGAUAACCUCAUCAGUACCGUGCAGCAGAAGAGGAUGGCACAGUCUUUUGAGAAUGUUCCUGAAGCCAAGAGGCAGAAUACAAACUCAGAGAAGAACAAAGACCAUGAAUUAUCACUGUUGGUUAAGAGAGUAAAGAGCAAGACAAAUAAACCCAAGAAGAAGCCUUAGUGAGCACUUCAUACAGUUAUCAAUAAAUGACAAGGACAUCAGGAAAAAAGUUACUGGAUAUUUUGUUUAAUUUGUUGACUUAGCAGUAAUAAGAUGUUUUCUAAAAAAUACAUUAGUCAUGAGUGUCACAGCUGCAGGUUUCAUGUGAACUGUUCAUAAAGACAAAGAUUAGAAUCUGAACAUACAGCACUGAUGCCAUCAUCCAGAAUAUUCAAUUAAAUUAGAUUACAAGUUGUGAUGCAUGUUGUAAAUUGUUUUACAUUGUUAAAUACAGUCUUUUCAGAACUAUUGUACAA